UGUAUCCUAUAGAAGGCCAGGGUAGGGCGAAGCGAGAAUCACGGCAAAUUAAGCACAAAAAUAGCAGUCGUCCCAGCCAUACUGUUUCCACGAAUAUGUUUUCUUUCCACAUCACUUAUUUUGGUGGUGUACGCACAGCAAUGUGACGGUUCAACGUGGGAGAGAACUCUGCGCAAGACCAUGUGAUUCACAAGAGGCUAAGAAAACUGACCAAAAUGAGAAGUCGACUCUUUUGGAUGUAAGGAAAAGUCAACCUGCCAUUGGUACAGCCAAAUUAAAAAGCUCGGGCCUGGCUUCUGUGCACAUGGGAUACAGUGUUCACUGAACGGGACAAAGCUUCAACCAGGAACCAGCACACACCCCGCCUGAGCAUUACCACGCACAGCUGGUGGCAGUCAUGUCCCUCUCUACGGUGCUAGCGAAGGCAUUGUUUGACAAUGCUGCUGAAAGUCCAGAGGAGCUGGCAUUCCGGAAGGGCGAUAUCCUGAUGGUUCUGGAGCAGGAGCAGGAAGGGGGACCUGGAUGGUGGCUCUGCUCUCUUCAUGGUCGCCAGGGUAUUGCCCCCGCAAACCGCUUACGCCUCCUGCAGACCCUCCCUGUCCCAGCACCUGCCCUGGGCCCAGACACCCGUCGGACUCCUAGCGUGGACUCGGUUUACCUCUCACCAGGGCAGCAGACCCGCACCAACGGGCUGUGUGUGGAAGAUGCAGAUGGGGUGUAUCUGUCGCCUCCGAGUCUGGGAGAUGGAGUGUACCAGAGUCCUGGAGGGGCAUCAGGCCCAGGCAGACAGGGGGACCUCUGGCAGGCUGAGGGCAGGCGGCCCCGCUCCCACUCCAGCUCAGGCCCCAGGCUGCGACCUGACUGGCCAGAGAUGGGGGCGGAGGCGCGCCCACGGUCGCCCUCUCUUAGAGGCCGUGGAGGAGAGGCAGGAUCGGUAUACCAAACCCCUGCCUCUCCUGCACCAUUGGCAGCACGGUACAGAUCUCAAGGUGCCUUGGUCUCAGAAUCGGUAUACCUUACUCCCAGUGCCGUAGCCAGACCGGUGGGGGAAACAGCUGGGGAAGCUGCUUAUCUCAGCCCGAGAGAAACGGGGGUCGCGGGAUACGCGGAUGGCUGCUACCUGGUCCCUCGGCCAGCUGUGGCAGCGUUACCAAGUGAGGAUGUAUAUCAGACCCCAGUAAGUAGUGCUCCAGUGGCGGGACAGUGUGCUUUAAUGUCUGCUGCUAGGCUUCAGGACACGGCCGCAGUCAGCCAAGCCAAAGCAGGACAGGAAAGCUUGGGAAUGUACCAAACCCCGACUGCACCAGGAACAGGCAGGACUCCUCAAACAGAGCGCAAACUGCAACCUGGAUCUGCAGCUGUACCACCCACCUCAGGACAAAAUCUAAAACAGGCACCUCUUACUCCCAGGGUGUCUCCUAGACCCCAGGGUCCCUGUGCCACCCCUCCCAUGAGUCGCGAGAAGCUCUCCCAGGUUGCAGCAAGGGGGUCCCCUCUUCUUGUUCGGGCAGGGAAGGCUGGGGUGCCGAGUUCCCCAAACUUUGUCCGGAAGCCCCCACCACCCACGCCACCAGUUAGAGGUGUGACCAGGAAGGAUUUAGCUCCACUCACAACAACACCACCGGCUGUGAAACCCACUCUCCAGGCGAGCCCUGCUCACCCACAGGCCAACAGAGUGGAGGAACAACAACAGAUAAGCAAAGAUGGAAGAAACGAGGAGGAAGAAAAAAGCAAGAAGGCAGAGGAUGCAAGUGUAAAUGAAAAAGAAUGCACAGUUUCUGAGAGUGGAAAACUCAGUGAUCAGGUGUAUGAUACUCCUCCUACCAAGAGAUGGCAGCAGCCAGUACCUGCAGCAACUGUUGAGGAGGAUGACAGUAUCUAUAACACCCCACGUGCUGUCCCUUUACACACAGACCAGCAAUCAGAGAUUUAUGAUGUUCCCACGCUCGCUUUAAAUCUAGCCUCAGACAUACAGCGGGAAACAUACAGUGUCCCAGCACCGGUUGUGGUGAGUAUAGAAGUAGAAGAAGAUGUCUACAGCAUUCCGAGUAUGCCGGGUCUUUCCUUGGAACCUGGUGAGAUGGCUGGAUCUGUGGUGGAAGGAGGAGGAAAUGCUGAGGUUUACUCCAUCCCUAGUCCUGGAAAGUCUGAAUCGGCAUCUGAGGAUGUUUCAGAAGCUGAUGGUGGCAUCUACGACAUGCCUGCUCUCACCCUGGACAUGCCUACCCGCCGCCUAUCUGUGUCCAGCACUGGCUCUGGUGACAUCCAGUGGAAAGGUUCCCUCUCAGCCCUCAUCCAAUCAGCACUGAGUUCUGCUUCAGUCACCACUACCCCUUCCAGGGACCUGGCCACAUUGCUGGCUGAGAUACUAUCCCUCUGGAAGGCGGGCCAGGUCGGCGAUGUCCCGCCUCCACUUCAGCAAAUCUGGUCUAGGCUUGCAGACCUUCUUCCUGCCCUCUCGGUUUGUGGCACAGCCAGUCCAGCUGACAGCUUGCUCUCUAUGGUCCGCCGAGCUCUGGAGGACUCCGCCUCUCUCCUGCAGAAUCAGAGCAGACCCCGCCUCCCUUCCCAGGAGUCUCUGUCACGGAGACCACUUCCCGCCUUGCCAGUGGCCGAAGUCAAACCAAUGGCUGGAGGGAUGGGAUCACGCAAGGGCAGUUGGAUCCAGGAGCGACCGCUGCCCCCUCCCCCACCUGUGGCUUUCCCGUUGCCCCCGGCGCCAGCCUCUCUGCCCUCCACUGUACAUGCGGCUGAGGAUGAGGAGCAAGGAAAUGAGUAUGCAGGAAUUGGGAUAACCCCUGCAACUCCACCCUUGUACCCCACAGGGGACAGCGUAGGAUACGUCAAGCUGCAGGGAAAACCUGAGCUAUGUCCUGACUCACACACAGAGAACGGCACAUCACAAGUUAUCUCCACAAACGAUACCAGACUAAGUCCCUCUCCUCCUAUGCCCAUGUCUCUGUCUCUGGAGGACUCUGAGCUUCUUUCCUUCUAUUCAUCCCAAAGCCUGUCACAUCUCUCCUGCCUGGCUGACGCCAUUGACUCGCUGUUCACCAGCGUUCAGGGGAACCAGCCACCACGGAUUUUUGUUUCCAGGGGGAAGAGUCUCAUUGUGACCGCACACAAGCUGGUAUUCAUUGGCGACACACUUGCUCGCCUCCUCAGUUCUUCUGACCUCAGGGCAAAGGUCACCACCUCCAGCGGACAUCUCUGUCAGGCGUUAAAAGCUGUUGUUGUGGCAACCAAAGGGGCCGCUCAGAAUUACCCAUCAGUGCCAGCUACACAGGAAAUGGUGGACAGAGUGGCUGACCUAUCACAGCAAGCAGCUGGCUUCUCUGGGCUCCUCCAGCGACUAGCAGAAAUAUCUUGAUGUCUCCCUUCUUUUUUCUGUUUUAUGACAGUUUCAUAACAGAAUGCCUUAUUUGUGCGUGUUUGUAUUAUAAGUAAAUUUUUUAUUGAUUGUUUUCAAAAAGGUGUCAUGAUUGUACCACUGAUUUUACCGGUACCACAGUGAAUGGAUGGUCUGUACCUCAGUUUGUGGGGUGUUUGUGUGUGUGCACAUGUGGGAAUAUGCAAGAUUGGGUUCGUUUUGACUUGUUCUUCUUUUUUGGACAACUCUGUGUGUCUUAAUAACUUAUUGAUAGGCUUUUUUUUUUUUUUUGGUCUGAAGAUGUGUUAUGGCUUUAGUUUGGGUUUGUUCAAUUCAUCACACACUUUGGAUAAUGGUGAUCAUUCAUGCCAGACUGUGGUUGUGUCAGGGCAAUCUUUUUUUAACGUGACUUCAGUGUUAUAGACGUGGUUCAGAUUGUCAAAUUGAACAAUUUAGGCUGUUGCCUUACAUGUCACAUAAACUGGCACAAUCAUUUGUUCAUUCAGAGAGCACUAUCAUAUCUACUAUUGGCAGGAAUACAUGUAUUUAUGGAGAGGCAAGAAGGGACUAAUUCUUCAUUUAAAAAAACACGGCCCAGUUAAAAGAGAAUGUUUUUUGUCGUUUCCCAUGAAUCAGAAACCUGUUGGACAGGUCCCCUCCCUUUCUCUCCUGCCUGUUUCUCAUGGCCUCUCUCCAUCUCUGCUUCUCCUUCACUAGCUAUUUUCUUCUCUUCCCUCCAUUUUCACCCAUUUCCUCCCUCAGGUGCCAGUUCUGCAUGUAAAGAUAAAAGUAUGUCAGUUGUGAAUGCACAUCAGGGAAGCAGCUGUUCACCAUAUUAUCAUAAAACAUAAAUGUUAGAGAUAAUAUUGUUAAAAAGAGAACAAAUAUACUGGAAGUAUCAAACUUAAUUUUUGACAUGUUAUAUUAUAGAACACAGCAAUAUACACAAUAAUAUCAAACAGUUUAUAUGGGUGUGUAUAAAAUUGUAUUCACAACAGCUUUGAAAUCUUCACAAGCAUGUUACUAACCGUUGCUGGUUUAAGGGCUUUGUAUCUUCUUUCAUCCGCAGGUCCAGACAUGAACCUGUUCCUACUGUUUUACACUUCAUGUCUAGUAGUGCUCUCAUAGUUACCCAGCUCUUCCCAUUGGCUUAUAUCUACGGAUGAGUCACAGGAUGCCAGGAAGGUGUAAUUCCUUAUCUUGUUUUACAUCUCUCAGUUUUAACCUUUUUUUUCUUGAAAAUUCACUCUUCUCAACAAUGUGAUGAAAGAAUCCUUUGUGGUGAUCUAACCAUGCUACUAAUGUUAUCUGUAAACUCACAGACAGAAAUGCACAAAUGGAUUAAGGUUAUGAGAGUGGAAGUCCUCAGCACUUAAUCCAACCAUCAAGAUUUCCUAAUUAGCUCUAUCCAAAUUACUAAUUCAGUCAACUGGGUGAUAUGAAAUAAUUGCAAAAAAAAAAAAAAGACUUUCUGAACCUAAUACACCUCAGCUGGCAUGUUUGGGUUAAAGGAAUACUUCUGCUAAUGUUUACAUAGAUAACACACCUGUAGUACAGAAUACACAAAAGUGUAUAAGUCAACAGCUGACUGUUCCUUGCAUUAGUCUGUACUGUCUCACAGUGCCACUCAGUGGACCACAUCAGUAUUAACAGACCCAACAUUUCAGUUGGGACAAUUCUGAGGCAAGAAGUGUUUACUUGCUGGCUUUCUUAUCUCUUUUUGUUUAUUCUCCCCUGAAUAAUGUCCUUUUUUAAAGUGUUUAUCAACCUGAAAAGCUUAAAUACUAUAGAAAAAGAAAAAAUUGCAAUGCUGUGAUCUUUAGGACUUAUAUAAAUCAUUGUGUUCAUAUUUAUUUUUAUUUUUUGCUUUUUUAAAUCAAGUGUAUGCAUGGCCUUAAGUUGCGUGUGUGUGUGUGUGUGUGUGUGUGUGUGUGUGUGUGUGUGUGUGUGUGUAUAUAAAGAUUCCAGGGAGUAACUGCAGCAUAUUAUGGUUAACAUAGAUGUAGUAAAAACCCCAGUGUAGUACACAAGAUAUACAAGAGAAACAGGACAUUUCAGACAAAUUAUCAGCUGUGCAAGCAAAGUGCUUCUGAAAUUCUAGAUUAAUCCAAUGUGUGUGUGUGUGCGUGCAUGUGCAUUUCAUUAACAAUUCAAACUGUUGCUUUAAGUAUAUGUGAAUUUGCUUUUUUGUACCAGAAUGUAUCUGCCACUCGAUUAUUGUUAUUUUAAAUUUUACAGGCUUUCUUUUGGCAGCUCCAAGGGGCACUUCCCAAAUCCCAAAUUUGUAGCUAGGCCUUCUUCUAUUUGUCAAUGCCACUUUGUUCAAAAUACACAUUUUGUUAUAAUACAUUGGUUAAGAGUAUUGCCUUUUUCAUUUUCUGGUUGUUUCACUUUUUUCCAGGGCAAGGUGUGAGAAUACUAUGAAUACUAUUUUAAAUGCCUACUCAAUAGGUGCUUUACAGGACCAUUACAGCUUGUGAUAUAUUUAUCAGUGUAUAAUGUUAUUUUGUCACAAGGAUGUUAUACAAGACACAAGAUAAGUGCUUAGAGUGGUAGCGUGUGUUUGAUAGUAAACGCUUAAAGGUUAACGCAUUGCCAAGUGGUAUUUCUAAUAAAGUGAUUGAGUUUGUAUGAGAAGAUUGGAAA